CUUGGUUAUCCUUGCGCGCGCGCCAGCUUUCGAGUCCGGUGGGGAGAGUUUCUUUUCGAGAAAGGCAAUCAGGCUUUCGACGCCUCCGUCGGGGUUUGAGGCCGCCUUGCUUUGUCGCCAGCCACGCACUCUGGCCUGCCGUAACCCCCCCGAAACGCCCCCUCCUUUCGCCUGUCGGAUGUUGGCCUGCGCCUUGGAGCUGCUGGCGAUCGCCCUCUGGAUGGCAUUCGCCGUACGGUCACGCGCCGGCGGCCGUCCAGAGUCGCCUCUGCUUCGUCCCGAAUCACCUCGUGCCCGCUUGCCACCGCGCCCAGCGCCUCCUCCUCCAUCCAUGUCCAGAUCUCCAUCUCGAUCAGUGCGGGUUGCGGCGCCUCGUUUGCGAAUUCCUCCCCGAUCAGGCGCGUUCGACCGGCCCCGGGUCCCCCUGGAGGGCCUCAUAUUGCUCAUCGCCGGCAUUUCGAAAGCGUGAGAUAAUGACAGAAUAGCGGAACGAGCGUGUGGGAAGGCAACGGAGUCGAAAUCGAGUAGGAGGGAUUCAGCGCCGAGCGCCUCAAUUUUUGCGAUCCCUGUCCGGCAUGCACUGGAGACCAGAAAGCCGCAGGCAGUCGAGUCAAAGCGCGUUCGAGGAGUAAAAGCGUCUUUCACACGCGAGCCAGAAACAGACUGACUGGCCUACAGCCCGGUUGUUUGUUGAAAGGAAACCGUCGUCGC